AUGGGACAGAGCAUAUUGAUGGAGAGCUCGUUAUCACCAUUGAAAAACUCCAAGAAAUACAAGAUGAGCUUGAAAAGCCCAAUUGUUGUAUUUGAGGAUGUUGAUCUAGACAAAGCUGCUGAGUGGUCUCUUUUUGGUUGCUUUUGGACAAAUGGUCAGAUUUGCAGUGCCACUUCUCGACUUCUUGUGCAUGAAAGCAUUGCAGCAGAAUUCUUGGACAAGCUUGUAAAGUGGUGCAAGAACAUCAAAAUUUCAGACCCCAUGGAGGAAGGUUGCAGGCUUGGUCCUGUGGUAAGCAGUGGAUAG